AUGCUGAUCGCGAACCGCGUCAAACCAAAUAUCCGAAAUCGGAUAAGCCAUAUCCAGAACUGGGAGCUAGUUUCCUGUCACGACUUGUGUACACUUGGUUUGACCCGUUGACAUGGAAAGGAUAUCGCAAACCACUUGAGGAGAGCGAUUUGUGGGACAUCAAUCCAGAAGAUUCGUCAAAGGAAUUGAUGCCAUUCUUCUUGAAAUACUGGGAUCGAGCUGUUGCCAAGGCUUCCGGUUAUAAUCUCAAGAAUAGCUUCAGUGACAAUACAUCGAGUACGAAUACACCAACAAUAAAUCACAAACAAAAGAAAAAACGUACCGCCUCCAUUUUGCUGCCCAUUUGUAUGGCAUUUGGAUCAGCAUAUUUGUUUGGUGCCAUUCUGAAGUUGAUUCAAGAUCUUUUAAUCUUUGUAUUACCACAAUUGCUUCGUGCCAUCAUUAAUUUUGUUGAUAAAUCAACAAUAAAACAAGCAUACAGUGCAAAUGGAACUGAAACCGUUACUUAUAUAACAAAUCCAGACCAAGAUCCAUUAUGGCAUGGUAUUUUCUAUGCCGUGCUCUUAUUCAUUGUGGCCAGCACACAGACUUUGUUCCUUUCCCAAUAUCACCAACGUAUGUAUUUUAUUGGCUUGCGUAUUCGUACCGUAUUGGUUGGAGCAAUCUACAAAAAGGCCCUUCGUCUAUCGAACACUGCCACAAAAGAAUCCACGGUCGGUGAAAUUGUAAACUUAAUGGCUGUCGAUGCGCAACGGUUCAUGGAUAUUGCUCCUUAUAUUAGUAUGCUUUGGUCAGAACCAAUUAUAAUCGGAUUGGCGAUUUAUUUCUUAUGGGAUUUGCUCGGGCCUUCUGUUUUGGCCGGUUUGGCCGUUAUGAUCAUUUUAAUCCCACUGAAUGGAAUCAUUAGCAAAAACAUACUGAAUCUUGAAAUGCGCCAAAUGAAAAACAAAGACGAGCGUGUCAAAAUGAUGAAUGAAAUUCUCAGUGGAAUGAAAGUACUUAAAAUGUAUGCUUGGGAGCCAAGCUUCGGGGAGCAAGUGCAAAAAAUCCGUGGAAAGGAACUCAAGGUUCUGAAAAAAAUCGCUUAUUUGAAUUCAGGAACAUCAUUCAUUUGGACUUGUGCUCCAUUUUUGGUGUCACUUGUCACAUUCGUUACGUACGUAUUAACUGGAGAAGAUCAUGUUUUGACUGCUGAAAGAGCAUUCGUUUGUAUUGCAUUGUUCGAUAUUAUGCGGAUCCCAUUGAGUGUGUUGCCAAUGAUGAUUGCAUACUUGGUCCAGGCUAGUGUUUCUUUGAAGAGAAUCAACAAAUUUAUGAACAGCGAAGAAUUGGAUCCACAUAAUGUAUCACAUGACCCGUCUGACGAAACACCUCUUUCAAUUGAGAAUGGAACAUUCAGCUGGGGAAACGACGAACCAUGUCUGAAGGAUAUCAAUUUGCAAGUGAAGAAUGGCAGUUUGGUUGCUAUUGUUGGUACAGUUGGAUCAGGAAAAAGUUCGAUCAUUUCCGCAUUCUUGGGCGAAAUGGACCGUCUAUCGGGUCGUGUCAAUACAACCGGAACAAUUGCAUACGUUU